UUCACAGCCUUCUGGAAACCCAACAAUGACGCUGAUGUGCAAACUGGGGUGUUGCAUUGACAACCUAUCCUAAAUUGUGGUUUGUUCAGCGGCAUAGUUUUGCACGUGAAGACAGCCCAUGUUUGGAUGUUAAUCUAAGCCAUUUCAAAGAUUCACUCGGCUGAUACAUUUCUAAACCCAUAGCUCAGUUUGAAAACACUUUUACCCCUUUGAUGGGAAAUGACCCUGUGAAGCAAAAAAGGGAAACUUUAAGUCUAAGCUAUUGUCAUAUGCUGGUUUUUGACUGUUUGGUUUACUUUUUUGUUUCUAGGCGUUUGUUUCAGCUUAUGCAGUUGACUCAGUCUUCCUUUGCUUUAGAGAGUAACCUGAAAACGCAACAGGAAAUUGAAGACAAAGUUCGGUCUUUUGGACUGGAGGCAGAUCUCUUGUCCUUGAUGGCCGAGGCUAUGGGAGAAGAUCUUGUCCGGGAAAAGCUGAAAGAGGAUGCUCAGGAAGAGGUGCAAUGCUUAUCUGCUGCAACCUUGACAUCCAUCAUGACCGUGUCGGCUGUGGAGUUUGAGAGAAAAUGGUUCCAGAAGCUCAGCGGCUUCUCUGCACUGCACUGAGGCUCUUGUUCGGUGUUUUGGCUGUUUAUCUCCUCUGUUGAAAGCCCUUCUGUAGAAGUGGCUUAAAGAUCUCCAUGGUGGGCCACCAGUGUUUCAGCUUGCCAAGGGAACAUGUGAACAGGAAUUCAGGUGUCCACUGUAGACCAUGCAGUUCUCUCCAGUAUUUUUACUACUGGAAAGGAUGACCCACUUCUUUUGAAAAGCAGCUUAACAUCUGGCCCUUCUCAUAUCUGUUUUUGCCAGCCGUGGUGCCCUCACUGUUUCUCAAAGAACCUUGACCACCAUGUGUCUAAAUAUCCGGGAGCAUGUAUAGCUCUGUUCAAUAGACCUUUAAUUCAUCAUCAUUGGAAAACUUUUAGGACACAGAAAAUAAGGCUUUUUUUAAUCAGUGUUAC